AGAAAUUUGGCUGAAUCGUCGUGUGUUUGAUUUCUCAGUACGAAAAUGAAUACCUUAAGUGGAAUGGAAAAGCUGAUUCUAACGGCAAUCAUUUUGGUACUCACUGCCAGUUGGCGCUUGUAUCAAAAGCGGAAGUACUAUCGCAGUGUUACCUCCAAGUUGCCUACCUUUUACGGUAUUCCUUUCUUUGGUGUGACCUACCAAGUGCUUGAUGUAAAUAAAUUAUUUCGUAGUAUUAGUUCCGGCUACGAUGUUCUGAAGACAGCAACUGCUUGCGCAUGGGUAGCCACAACGCCGUACGUGCUUACCAUCGAUCCCGAGGUGGUCAAACGUGUCACCACCUCGCCUGAGUUUCUUCACAAAGCCACAGACUUGUAUACACACUUUCAUAACGGUGUAUUAAAUGGCAUCAUCGUGAGUCCAGCUGAGAAAUGGAAAAUCAAUCGCAAGGCUAUAAGCCCGUUUCUCGCACAUAGUAAUAUCAUUGCCUUGUUUCCUGCCUUCAAUGAGAAUGCAAAUAAUGUGAAAAACAAGCUAGCAAGAUUGGCUGGACUAGGAGAACAGGAUAUUUUUACAAUUAUCAAAGAAUGUGUUUUACAAUUGAGUUUUUUAACUGUCUUGGGUACAAAGAUAGAAGAAGGCACCGAGAAGCACAAAGAAUUAUUACGGCAAUUUAAUGCCUUUGUUGAUUACAUGAAAUUGGACCUCUGGUUCGGUCAAUUGGGACUGGUUUUUCUAUCUCGUACUCCACGUUAUAAGAGAAUUAUUAAAUACUUAUGUGACCCAGUACGAUCUCUAAUUAAGGAAAAGCUUUCACGAAAGGGCGAGUCAGAGGCUGUGAACAAUCUCGAGCAGAACCAACAAACAGUGAUUGAUUUAGCGGUGAAGUCCAUGCGACAGGGAGUGUUUAGUGAAAAAGAUGUGGAAAUCGAGUCUUUCACAAUGUUUGCUGCGUCUUUGGAAACCUCUGCUUCUGCGGCAUAUACUUGCCUGGUGAUGUUAGCCAUGCAUCCAGAAAUACAAGAGCGUGUAUUUCAAGAGGUUCGCUUCGUGUUUCCGGACGGAGUUACAGCCGUAAAAUAUGAUGAUUUGCAGAAACUUCGCUAUUUGGACAUGUUUGUUUCGGAAUCAUUGCGUUUAGUGCCACCAAUAACCUAUACGGGACGACAAACUGUACGUGACACCGAACUCUGCCCAGGUGUAAUAUUGCCCAAAGGCACGCAAGUUUUUGUACCAAUUUAUGAAUUGCAUAGGUGUAAGGAAAUUUGGGGUCCGGACUCGGGUCGUUUCAAUCCGGAUAAUUUUUUGCCCGAGAACAUUGCAAAGCGGCAUCCAUAUUCAUACAUGCCUUUCUCGAAGGGUUCACGGAACUGUAUUGGUAAGAAUGGCUUUCGUUACGCUGAAAUCUCGUUACGUAUGACAUUGAUCCAUGCGGUGCGGAAUUUCAAAUUUUCCACAACUUCUAAAUACGAGGACAUCGUUUUUGUUCCAGAUAUUACAUUGAGUUAUAAAAUCCCACCGUUAUUAAGCAUAGAGACCAGAGAAAACUAAAUUUGUAGAAUUGGUGUUGUCAUUUGAUAUUAAUUUACAUAAUUAGAUAAUAGCGAUUGUAACUAUUCACUAAAUACAGGUAUAAUAUGCAGACGUACAUAGAGUAAGCAAAUAAAAGAUUUAUUGAUUUAUAUUAGAAAA